GGAUGUUGGAAUCAGACUUGCUGGAGAACUACAAGUACAAAGAUGCGCUAGAUUCCGCCAGUUCCUUCAACACCAAGCUGCUGGUGGAGCGACAGAGCAGACUCCCCUUCCUUGAUACCCAGACUAACAUUGCCCAGGUUGACUGCCAUAUAUGGAAGAAGAAAUGCGAGAGAGUAGAGCCUGUAGGUAAGGGAAUAGAGUACGCCUACCAGAUGAGGUACUGGAAGAAGUUACCUAAAGCUAAGAAGAAACCUCCCGCUCCUGAAGUCGUCGUCAGUACGGAAGAGGGAGCAGCGGCUGGCUCAGAGGACGUGCCGUUAUCAAUAAAACCAGAGUUAGUGAGCGAGGAGAGCAUGGGGCUUGAUACUGGACCCUCUAGUGAACCUACCCCUGAGGAGCUCAGCCCUUCUAGUGAUGAUUAUGAGAUGUACUACGAAAGGAAGCGUAAGCGACAGAGUAGAGGUAACAGACGAAGUAAAGGUCCGGUAGAGAACGUGAGACGUGGCUCCAGAUCACGCAAAAGUAGUGUUAUAUCAACAAGGAGUACUAGGAAUAUAAAAGUAGAAGAAACUGAACAUGAAACUGAUCCUACCUCAUCCGAAACUCCUAAACCUGUAUCAGAGGUACCCCAAGAAGGAGCUGAAAAGAAGCCUCCUAGUAACGUGUGUGAUUUCUGUCUCGGAGAUGCUGAGAAGAAGAAAACAGACGAAGCCAUGAUAUCCUGUGUGGACUGCGGCAGAUCAGCUCAUCCCUCCUGUCUCCAAUUCGAGGGAUCUCUGGCAGAAAACGUUAAGAGCUACAAUUGGCAGUGCAUAGAGUGCAAAUCGUGUAGCAUUUGUGGUACAUCAGAUAAUGACGAUCAGCUCCUGUUCUGUGACGAGUGCGACCGUGGUUUCCACAUGUAUUGUCUGACGCCGCGCAUCGAGCGCCCGCCCGAGGGACGCUGGGUCUGUCACAUGUGCAACAAACGACCCUGAAAACCUGCCGCGCUUUGCAGCGCUCAUCUUUAUAUGAUAUUAUGCGUAGCCAAAUUAUUGGUGGUGCUUUUUAGAUACAAAGCUCUUUAUUUUAUCAAAUUGCUAGUAUUUUAUCGUAGACUUUAUGUUUUAUGGCUCGCGGAAGCCGUGUGUGUAUACGUGUUUGAGUUUAAUGUUUCAACAAAAUAUAUUGGGUGUAAACUGUCCUUGCAACAAAUUAUGAAGGUUCGUUAUACUAUUAAAAUGGGCUCUUUAUUCUUUUGAUGUAAUAUUUAUGACAUGGGAUUCAGGAUUUUCACUCUGAUGAUUUUUUGUUCCGUAGUUUACAUUCUGGUUUGAACUGUUAGUUGACCUCAUUUUUAUCAACUCUGUUUUCAAAACCUUUUCUACAAACACUUUAAAGCAGGCUAAUAAUAAUGUAAAUUUUAACUCAGCAUUUUUAUUUGAUUUUAUCAUAGUUAAACACAUAGUUUCCUAAAUAUUAUCGGUUUCAUUAAAAGCAAACGCUAUCAUUGUAGUUUGCAGUUUGUAGUAUUUGUAGUUCAAACAGUAGCUUUUACAAUUUACAGUAGUUUGAAUAUUUACCCUUUAAGUCAACAAGCUCUCAUUUCAUAACUGAUUUAGUCGAAUGUCGCCAAAUCUAAAUGCCAUUAAAUCGAUCUAUUUUUUGUUGAAUAUCUUAUUUUGAAUUUAUAGAUGAUAUAUGGAUACGUUUUAUUGCUGUUACUCCUUAAAAAUGAACAAAAUGUAAAAUUUCACAACCUGAGAGAUAUGAUAAUUUGAUCCGUUACAAAUAUUAUUCAAGAACCGAUUAAUGCAAACUAGUCAUCAGUAAGACUUUGGAGUAUUUUAACGGUAGGUCGGCAAUUCAAAGCACAUAAGGGGCAAAAUAUUGAUAAUUUACAGUGCAGCUGUAUGAAUAGUG